CUAAAAACUCUGUCAUCAGCCCCGAUGUCAUUUUUGAAGACGCUUUUUUGAUAUACGUUUUUUAUUUUUGAGGAUUUUUGUCCAUUUUACAAAAUAAAUGCAUUUAUGCGAAUUAAUAUAAUUAUGGCGAGUUUUGCCGUCAGGAUGCUAUCCAUUUUCGUGUUUGUUGCGCUACUUCUGAAUAUCACAAAUUAUUUAUUUAUACGGAUCCACAGCCCGCCUCGUCCUAUCUCGUAUAGAAAUGCUUAUUCGAAAAGUUCAAGCAUAAGGGCAGUCCGUCGCUCCCUCAACCCUCGCUACUGGUCCUCAUCAGUGGAAUGCGAUGACCAGGGCAGGGCUUCCACGGCGACGCAACAAAGCAACUACACUCAGGCAGACGUGGUCACCGAUAUUUACUACUUAAUGUUCGAAAAGAUUAAAUCCACGACUGAGAAGAAGAUGGAGAACUGUCCCGAACUGCCUUCUGGCCUAGGUCCUGAACUAGAAGAUCGAUCGAUAAUCGCGAAGAAUUUGGAAUACUUUGAAACUAAGUCUAGCGAAGUGAAACCUGGCGGGAUUUACCGUCCGACGACUUGCAAGCCUCUUCAUAGUGUCGCCAUUAUUAUAGCUUACAGAGGCUGCAAAAACUACAUCUCGACGUUCCUGAAUAUUAUGCAUCCGUUUUUAAUAAAACAACAGUUGGACUAUCAAAUCUUCGUGGUCGAACAAAGCAACAAGACCCAACCUUACAACCGUGGCAAACUACUAAACGUGGGCUUCGCGGAGGCCACGCGGUCCCGCAAGGAUGGCUUCAGCUGCAUCAUACUGCAUGAGCCCCACAUCGUGCCCAUGGACUCCAGGAACUUGUACCGGUGUAGCUGGUACCCGAGGCAGCUCGCUACGUCUGUUGAAAGACCUUUGAAAGCACCGUAUGUUCCAUUACUCGGAGGAGCUAUAGCUAUGACACCGGAGCAGUUUGCCAAAUUCAACGGAUUUUCCAAUCUGUACUGGGGAAACGAUGCAGAUUAUUACGACUUGUAUAACAGAAUAAACAUGACGAACUAUUACAUAGAGAACAGUAAUCCAGUAGUCGGGAAGUAUAAAACUAUAAGAAAAGGUUUAGCUUUAUGGCACAAGUCCGAAUUCAUGACAACCCCGUCGCCCUUAUAUUUAUUGGACGGCUUAACAACCCUAUCUUAUUCCGUGGACAGUUUUGAACUCAGGCGCUUCUACACAUAUCUACAAGUUAAUAUCGAUACAGAAAAUGAUAAUAAAAUGAAAACUGACCAGAUAAACACUGUGUUGCAUCCAGUAACGUAUGAAACUACGCCAGAACCAAAAACAACUGAAAAUAAAUAAAUGGUUAAA